CCUCCUCUUGAAGACAUGUCAGAGUUAGUGGAGAGAAUCAACACUAUCAGUGAGUUGAAGGGCAAGAAGAAAACAGUGACAGACUCAAAAGGACUGAGCAUUAACGAAUCAGGGUCUGGAGAGGGGAAAAGUCUUUCCAAUUCCACAGCAUCAAAUCCACCUUCCAGCAAGGUUACUUCAGGUCAAGAUAGCAGUAAUGGCAAGGGAGAUGGCCAAGUGUCCAAAGGUGCAUCAUCACAAUCAGUUGAGAAGAAAGAGACCUUUGGAGGAAUGAAGAAAGGAUUUCUGUUUGGAUCAGGAGCAAAACCCAAGAGGAAGCCUGUAAGCAAACCUGCUGAGAAAAAGACUGAAGCACAACAUGUAGACAACAUUCCUGUUCUAAAGCCCAAGGAGCCACAGGGUACAGGGUUGGAGCUCCCAGAAGUUCAGGCUGCUAUGAAGACUGCAUCAGAACAACUUCAGAAAAACACAGACUGGGUCACAGAAGACUUCUUGAAGAAAAUCCAGUCCAGUUCAUCCUUAACAUCUAAGAUGGAGGACCCCAGGUUCCAACAAGCUCUGGCCAAGUUCCAGAGAAACCCUGCCCUGGCCAUGCAGGAAUACGGGGACAACCCAGAGGUCCAAAAGUUCUUCACGGAAUUCUGUUCCAUUUUAGGUGACCACUUCACAAAUCUAGCAGACACACAGGACAGUGUCCAGCCUCCCCCUGUCCAGACUACCACCAGUCCUCCAGGUGCAGACAUGAGGGUCCUGAAGAGCACAGAUCCUAACCAGCCCACGGCAGAGGAUGAGGCUAAGAUGAGGGAGAUCCUGUCUAACCCUGAGAUGCAGCAGGUUCUGUUGGACAAAGAUGUGCAGAAACUACUGCAGAUGCUGAGAACAGAUCCUCAGUCUGCACAGAGGUAUGCCCAGUCUGCUGGUCCAGACAUGCAGAAGAAAAUCAGGAAGUUGGUGGAAGCAGGACUACUGUCCUUUCAGAGAUGAUGACUAUUCAAAGCACUGUUUUGUAGACUUUUUGUGUGGUGCAGUACUUCUCAAAUACAACUCUUGAAAUGAAUCUUGUACCUCAUGCAAUGUACACAAUGUAUCCUAUAGGGGAUAACUAUGUACAAAUUAAUUACCUCCCCAAUAGGAAUAGAUUUGGCACUGGGAUGUAUGUUAUUUUUGUACAUGUAUGUUGGAUGUCUUUACAUAUAGUUUCUGUUUUCAAGAAGGCGUCAUAACACAUUAGCUGAUGAGGCAAAAUUUAAUCAAUUUAGUACAGUUGAUGUAAAUUGUACAUAUUGCAAUGCAUAUUAUGAGAAAAUAAAAAUGUAACAUUCAAUACAGUCAAAUGAAGUCUCAUCAUCAGAAUUAGUUAUCAAAAUAAAAAAGUAAUAUCACAUUACAUAUGAUUAUUCUUUGUGAUAUUGGUAAAAUAAUUAUAAUUAUAACAAAGGACAAAUUUUGA